AUGAUUAAUUCAUUAAUUGCCAAAGUCAAGAGAGUUCUUCAAGGAUGUGGUGCAGUCGCUGCAUCUGAAGAAGAUGCGAAACUUCUGGGUAUUGUGGGAAGUCCAUUUGUGAUCAGAGUUCAAAUUGCUUUGGCAUUGAAGGGAAUUGAAUACAAAUUUGUUCCAGAAAACAUAGCUAACAAAAGUGAACUUCUCCUCAAAUACAACCCAGUUUAUAAAAAGAUUCCUGUUUUUGUUCACAAAGAGAAACCCGUGUCAGAAUCACUUGUGAUUCUUGAGUACAUCGAUGAGACAUGGAAACAAAAUCCAAUCAUUCCUUCUGAUCCUUACCAAAGAGCCAUGGCUCGAUUUUGGUCCAAGUUCAUUGAUGAUAAGUGUGUGGUUGCUGCAUUGCGAUCUGUUUUUUUGGUUGAUGAGAAAGAACGCAAGAUGGCUAGUGAAGAAUUGUUUAAUGCUUUACAGUUUCUUGAGAAUGAGUUGAAGGACAAGUUCUUUGGAGGAGAAGAGAUUGGCAUUGUGGAUAUUGCUGCUCUCUUCAUUCCUUUAAUGCAAGAAAUAGCAGAGUUUCAGUUAUUCACCAGUGAGAAAUUACCAAAGCUACACAAAUGGAGUGGAGAUUUUUACAACCAUCCAGCAGUUAGAGAAACUAUGCCUUCAAAAGAACAACAACUUGCGUAUUACAAAGUUGUCGCUGGAAUAAUAAAUAAGUAG